GUCUAAUAAAAAGUGUUGACACGUGUCAGAACAUUUUACGGGAAUAGUUUCAGUACCAAUUAGUCGAGCCCAAAAAAGCAAACAAAAAACGUAGGUUCUUAUCAUAUAUUCAGGGGCGCUCACAGGGCCAAACGCCGACGAAGAGACAGCAACGGACAUCAGAAGACAUUGACGCUGCCAGAUGCUGCGUGGCAGUGGAUGACAAAUAGUAGCACGAAAUACGUACGCUUAAUAAGAACUAAAUUAAGGCUAGCAAUAUACCAAAUAUUACCAGAAGGAGGAUUACGCAGACAAUAUGGGCGUUAACUUAAAUGUUCACACAAGAAAGCAGAAGCUCCGCUGCGGCAGCUCCAGCAAACUCGCGAUGCUUUCGCUGAUGCUCGGAGUAGCGCUGUUGUUGCAGCACGGUGUGGGUGCCGUUGAGUUCACCUUCGAUUUGGCAGACAAUGCUGAGGAUUGCUUCUAUGAGCAGAUCAAGCGUAACACCAGCGCCUAUUUCGAAUUCCAGGUGUCUGCCGGUGGCCAGCUUGAUGUGGAUGUUGUCCUGAAGAACCCCGAGGGUCAGGUCAUUUACAAGCUGGAUCGUGCCACUUUCGAUAGCCAUCAGUUUGUGGCGGAAACAACAGGCGUGUAUAGCGCGUGCUUUAGUAAUCAAUUCUCGACCUUCUCGCACAAAAUCGUCUACGUGGACUUCCAGGUGGGCGAGGAGCCGGCACUGCCUGGUGUUGAUGAGCAUGCCACUGUGCUCACGCAAAUGGAAACAUCGUCGCAGGCGAUACACAAAGGUCUCAACGACAUACUCGAUGCCCAGACGCAUCAUCGCCUGCGCGAGUCGCAAGGUCGCAAGCGUGCUGAUGAAUUGAAUCAGCGAGUCAUGGUGUGGUCCUCAUUGGAGACGGCUGCCAUUGUGUUCAUCGGUCUGGCUCAGAUAUUGGUGCUGCGUAACUUCUUUACGGAUCGCAAGCCCAGCCAGGCACACUAUGGACGUUUGUAAGCGGCUGACAGACAAACACACACACACAUAUAUAGUUGAGGAAUGAUGGUGUUUUUUUUUUGUUUGCAACUAGUUAAGGUUUCCUUAUAGUUGUUUUCACGCUUUAACUUAAUGUAUUCAUUCCCUUAGUUUUUAUUGCAAAUUGCUGUUUUUUUUGUGAAAUUUUAUUACUUCGUAAUUUGUUUAUCUAAAGCAACCUCCAAAAACCAUACGAUUAAUCAUACAAAACAAAUCUCCAAGCAAAAAUAAACGCAAAAUGUCAACAGAGAGUACUUUGAUGUGUUUAAAACAAAGGCCUAGAUACUUAGAAUGUAAAUGGCAUAUAAAAAUAAUGCAUUUUUUUGGUAAAUGA